GAUUUUCGAACAUGGAAAAUGUCGAGCUUUGUCUUACCCCUCAGACAUCCACAACGUCUACCCAUGAUGUUCGUUUUGGCCUUCCGGAUGCGGGUUGGGGGCAGUGUGAUGGGAUCCAUGUCUAGGCUUGAAUCCUCUCAUGGCGGUCAGCCGGUGCAGCGGGGCGAGGCUUCUACUGAGGUUCCGCCGUGCUAUCCUCGAAAUAGAACCAAGACACUUCAGAAGUCGCCGCUCUGGAAAAUUGGAUACGACUGAAGGGUUGCCCAGGCGGUCCCGUUGCAUCUACCCAAGCUGGAAUCCUCUACUAUCUUUCGAAUUGUAGUUUUCUCGAUGGCUCCUGAACAAACGCCUGCUCACGAGACAACCGGUGUGAAUAUGGAGGACUCCCAGCAGGAAAAAGGCAAUGUGCUCGACAGCAGCAAUCAGUCGGAUGAAUCCCACUCUGAAGAGACACACACCAAGGAAAGUGAGAGCCUUCCGGGAUGGAAGAUAUUCGUCAUUUGGCUGGCGAUUGCACUUGGUGUUUUGUGUACUUUCCUCGAUGAAGGCAUCAUUGCGACAGCCAUUCCGCGCAUUACCGAUGAGUUUGGAUCUCUCACAGACGUUGGUUGGUAUGGCUCAGCAUACCAAAUGACUCUUUGCGCAUUCCAACUCAUCUUCGGACGUCUGUACAACCAGUUCAAUGUCAAGAUCAUUUUCGUGAUCUCUCUCGCCAUCUUCGAGAUUGGGUCCCUCAUCUGCGCAGUGAGCCCGAGCUCAGCAGUCUUCAUCGUUGGACGCGCCGUCGCCGGCCUCGGUGCAUCUGGCCUUCAAAGCGGCUGUUUAGUACUCAUCUCAGCAGCCCUUCCUGCAAAAUACCUACCGACGUAUGUAGGUGCCAUAGGGAUGGUUUAUGGUGUCGCCGCUGUUCUCGGGCCGGUAGUCGGCGGCGUUAUCACGAACAGCUACCUCACGUGGAGAUGGUGUUUCUACAUCAACCUUCCAAUCGCCGCACCACCUGCUCUCGCGACGUUGUUUCUGGUCAAGUCGUCCCCACCAACCGAGGAGCAGCGGCGGCCUUGGCUGCAGAAAAUCCGGGGCUUGGAUUAUCUUGGCAUGCUCCUCUUACUGCCAGGGAUCACCUCAUUCCUCCUGGCCCUCCAAUUCGGAGGCGCGCUUUUCACGUGGGAUGACAAACGAAUCAUUGCGUGCUUUGUCGUCGCCGGCGUUCUCGUCAUCGGCUUCGUGACCGAACAGUGGUGGAUGGGCGAAAAGGCGCUGGUGCCGCCGCGCCUAGCUAAGAUGCGUGUGGUUAUCUUUGGGGCCUUCUUCGGUUUUUGCUUGGACAGUGCCUUCUUUACCCUCGUUUACUACGUGCCUCUCUGGUUCCAAGCAAUCCAGGGUGCUACUCCCGAGGAGUCUGGUGUUCGAUACCUGGCCCUAUGUCUAGCAUUCAUCCUCACCAUUUUCCUCAGCGGCUGGGGUGUCACCAAAACGGGUUACUACCAACCUUUCAUGCUCGCCGGUACUGUUCUCGUCUCUGUUGGCGCCGGUCUUCUUUCGACGCUCCAGGUCUCUUCAGGUGCGAACCUCUGGAUUCCCUUUCAAGUCAUCGCCGGGCUUGGCAUUGGAGCAUCGACACAGCAAGCAGCGGUCGCUGUCCAGAGCAUCCUGGAAGAAGCCGACGUUGCGAUAGGAGUGGCAGUCGUACUGUUCUUCCAGUGCUUCGGUACUACUACUGCCAUCACAGUUGCCCAGGCCGUGUUCGCAAGCACAUUAACGUCGGGAAUCACCUCCAAUGUCCCAGGGGUCGAUCCCCAAGCAAUUAGAAACUCGGGUGCAACCCAGCUUAGAGACUUGGUAUCGCCAGACCAGUAUGGCACACUGCUGCAGGUAUAUAAUCAUGCCAUCACAAGAACAUUCAUAGUUGCUGCUGUCAUGGCCGCGGCGAGUGUCAUUGGCGUUGCUGGUGUCGGACUAAAGAAGAUUCCUGGUGAGGGUGACGAACAGAAAGACACCGAGGGCAAGUGAUUUAUUCGUUGUGGGAAAAGGAGGCUCGCGAUAUGGGCACGAAAUAUAGAGACUACAGGUUAGCUUCAAUGACGACAGAUAUCAGCAAUAAUCCACAAAAGGAGUUGGUGAUCUCAGUCCAAUCUACAACAUCAUGCAGGGUUAAGAUUGUCAGUCAGUCACGGAUCCUAGCGCUCAAAAUAGAGAAAUCCCUGUCUUAG